AUGGCUCUUCCUAUCGAUUUCGAAGGUCUCUCUGAAGCAAUCGCAGGAAUGGGAGUUGAUGAGCAAGCAUUGAUAAGUACACUGGGGAAGUCGCAAAAGGAACAUAGAAAAUUGUUUAGGAAAGCAAGCAAAAGUUUCUUUGUGGAAGAUGAAGAAAGAGCUUUUGAGAAAUGCCAUGAUAAUUUCCUCAAACAUCUCAAGCUUGAAUUCGCUCGCUUCAAUACCGCGGUGGUUAUGUGGGCAAUGCAUCCAUGGGAGAGAGACGCGAGGUUGGUUAAGAAAGCAUUGAAGAAAGGAGAUGAAUCUUACAAUCUCAUCGUUGAGGUUUCAUGCACUCGCUCCUCUGAAGAUCUCUUAGGUGCACGCAAAGCUUACCACUCUCUCUUUGACCAAUCAAUGGAAGAAGACAUUGCAUCUCAUGUCCAUGGUCCUCAUCGCAAGUUGCUUGUGGGGCUUGUGAGUGCUUAUAGAUACGAAGGUACUAAGGUGAAGGAAGAUUCCGCAAAAUCGGAGGCUAAGAUUUUGGCUGAUGUGGUGGCUUCUUCCGGUGAGGAAGUUGUAGAGAAGGAUGAGGUUGUCAGGAUUCUGAGCACAAGAAGCAAACUUCAUCUCCAACAUGUUUACAAACAUUUUAACCAAAUCAAAGGAUCUGAUCUUCUUGAGGGUGUAUCUCAGUCUUCGCUCCUCAAUGAGGCAUUGCUUUGUUUACUCAGACCUUCUGUGUAUUUCAGCAAGAUUUUGGAUGCUUCUUUGAGCGAAAACGCAGACAAGGCUACGAAGAAAUGGUUGACAAGAGUGUUGGUUACAAGAGCGGAUCAUAGCGAUGAGAUGAAGGGGAUCGCGGAAGUGUUUCAUCAGCUCUAUGGUCAGACUUUGGCACAAAGAAUUCAAGAGAAGAUUAAAGGGAACUACAGAGAUUUCUUGCUCACACUUCUAUCCAAAUCGGAAUGA